AAGCUGAGAGCCAUCGAUAACAUCGAUAGCUACUCAGCUUCUUUUGUUGUAUUUUAAAAACAUGGGGGACCUGCUGAGUAACUCUGAGUUUUUUAAAAAGCUGGGCGUGGACAGCUCGAACCAGUGGAUUCUUUACGAUGAGCAGAUGGAAAAGUUCUUCAAGUUCCUGUCCGGGAACAUUACGGAUGCGAAUAUCCUCACAGAGCGACAGGUUCUGGAGCGGGAGGAAAUGCAGCGGCGGGACGAGUGGCUAACUAGAUCAGAUCGAGAGCUAAAACUCCUGCAAAUCGAGUUGGAAAGUCCCGGUCUACUGAAUUAUAAACAGCAGGAUGUCGACGCCUUGAACAUGGGCAUUGACGGUAUCGAAGAGGCAUCGAGGGAAUAUGCCGUUCUCCUGGAGGAUAUGAUAAACACGAAGCAUUCGGUAAACAACCAUUUAAGCGAGGUAGAGUGCGCCGCCUCCGAACUGCAACUGAGGGAGAGGGAUCUGAUUAGCGACUGCCAAUCCAAGGCCAAACAACUGGAAGAACUGCAGCGGGAAAACUGCCGUCUUAGUGGUGAAGCCAAGAAGGCCUUUACAUCUCAACAACUGCCACCACUUUUUAUGCAUCAACUGCCACUGGAACAGUAUUUUCACAAGUGCGACUCAUUCAUGCAGUACUUUACCCUGUAUGUGAAAGAGAACUUCAAGAUCCAGGACUAUGAUGAGUUCCAGAGUGCGGAGGCAGACCUUCUGCGUGAAAAGAGCAAGUUGGAGGACUUGCAACUUGGCAUCCAAUUCUAUACACUAUCCUACUUAACGACGAUGGCUAAGGCCAAGGCCACACAGGCUCUAAUCGAUCAGCUGGAUCUCGGCCAGAUUCACUGCCUCAGUUUGUCGGACAUGACGCGCGAGAUGCACGAUCUGCAGCUGCUGAACGAUCAUCAGCUGAGCAACAUUCACGACACCCUUUUAAAUGAUCUUACCAUCCACAUUCAGCAGCAUACUCAGCGGCGUAUUGAACUGGUUUUAUACGAAAACACCAAACUAAAGAUGGAUAGAGCAAUGCGUCGUCACGAGAGCGACAAAAAGCUGACCAAAAUCAUAUCAGAUGCCUUGUCCAAUGCGGAAUUGUUGUGGAUAGCGAUUCAGCUGGAUUGCGAUAAGAAACGCAAUUGCCUGGACACUUCAGAGGAAAUGCGCAAUCAGGCGCAGGACACUUGGCAGAGGAUCCAGACAAUGCGUUCCAUGAAUGCCAGCCACCAAGGUAUUUGUUCCCAGUUUGUGCAGGAGAUUGCCAAUCUGUUGUCAGCCCAUUUGGGUCAGAACAUUAAGGCUGGUGAGGCCAAGGCUUGUCUUUUCGAAUACGAGAAGUUCGGGCGUUUGCUCUCAUACUCUUUUCAGAGCAUGCUCAAUAGGAAAAGCUGUGUCACUGCCCAGGAUCAACUGGCCGAACUCAAACGUCUGGAGCAAACUUUGCGACCCUUUGUGUACGAUUCUCCCAUUGAGCAGCCCAUGUUUGAAAAUGUCCGGUACUUGAGCGCCAUCCACAAUGUCACCCAGAAACAAAGUCGUCUUGAUGUGGCCGUGCGAUCCUUGCGAACAGACUUUCUGGAAAACGUCGUAGGGCGCAUUGAGAAGGAUAAGCUCUAUCGUUACAGCGUGCUUCUGUGGAUCUGGUUUCUAACUGAGCCGCAGCGCAUGCUGUAUGCCAUUGGUGAGGUGAAGAAAGCAGCCGCGGGUGUGAUUCGCCCUGGUGGCGGUCUGCAGCGGAAAUGAUUUUAGUUGAUAGUGAAGCUGGUCAGUAAAUAAAUUUUAAAUUAUUAAAAAACUAAUACUAUGUAUACUAAUGUUGCUCAGAUGAACCUAAUCGUUCUCUUUGUUAUUAAAU